AUGCAGGUACUGCCCCAAGUGCUCUCUCCUCCAGCGAUGUACAUCGAUACGAAACCACCGCAGUUCAUACAAACACCUCCAUCCGAAGUUGAAUCGCCAGUUUCGAUUCAGAUGACGCGAUCACCUUCUGAUGGAAGUAUAACAGAGAUGCAGCGAGGCCAAAGUGGAACUAGUGGUGCCUCAACGAAAGAGGAGUUGCUAAGAUUACUUGUGAAUAUGUCGCCGGGUCAAGUGGAACGUCUGAAGGCUGGUCGGGGAGGCGCAAACGGCCGUUCACGUCCAGCUGGGGUAGCGGCACGAGUCACAAGAGAUAACUCUUGGCCUCAGGAUGAGGAUUCGGAUGAUGAGGAUGAUUUU